AUGUCACUGAACAUCUUUCGCGUCCUCGCGGACUUUUCCCAUCUGGGUUCCAUCAUAAUCCUUCUGCACAAGAUGGUUCAGCUGAAUAGCUGUUCCGGCAUAUCCUUCAAGUCGCAAGCACUCUACUUCCUCGUAUAUGUCACGAGAUAUCUCGACCUCUUCUGGACGACUAGCGCGUACAACCUGCUCUUCAAGAUCAUGUUCCUCGGCUCGCAGGGAUACAUCAUCUACCUAAUGACAACCGCAUACAAGCCUACGAACGACCCUAACGUUGACACCUUCCGUGUCCAAUAUCUUCUGGGUGGAGCCGCUGCCCUCGCCAUCAUAUUCCCCUACAAGUACAGCAUUGCUGAGAUCUUGUGGGCCUUCUCCAUCUGGCUCGAGUCCGUCGCCAUUCUACCCCAGCUCUUCAUGCUGCAGCGAACAGGCGAGGCCGAGACCAUCACGACACACUAUCUGUUUGCUCUUGGACUCUACCGUGCUCUCUACAUCCCGAACUGGAUCUACCGGUACUUUACGGAGGUCGGCCAUAAGGUGGACUGGAUUGCCCUCCUGGCCGGUAUCGUCCAGACGGUUCUGUACAGCGACUUCUUCUGGAUCUACUACAACAAGGUCCUCAAGGGAAAGAAGUUCAAGCUCCCUGUAUAA